GGGGUUUUGGGUGAUAAAUUUUACUAGUUAAAGGGGUUUUGGGUGAUAAAUUUUACUUUCCCAACAUACCCCUCAUUUAAAAAAAAUUACCAUCCUUUAAAAAAAAAAACUUGUAACUACUAUCUUAAAAACUACCAUCUUUAGUUUUAAAAAAAAAAAACCUAAACUUCCAUCUUUUCUUUUUUUUUUUUAAUAAAUAUUUUUCAAGAAAAAUCAAAUUCUAUUAUUUAGCCUACAUGACAUCAUCAACAUAUUUUUUUAAUUACAUUUUAUACGCAAUUCUUAAACCUACUAAUAUUUUUUUUUAAAAAAUAAUUAAACGAUAAUAUUGUGGGAAAAAAAAAUCGAGUUUAGUAGAUUAUAUAUAUUGCACACGCACGCAUUAUGUGCGUCUCUUAGCUUAUGUAUAUAAGCACAAAAAUUUAAAAUCACUCAAACUUAAAUUGAAUCCAACCAACUCAACUCAAACAAACCCGACCCAAUUACUCGAAUUGACACCACACCCGUCCUACUCCUACAAUUGGUAUACGCGGGAAAGAAACCCAACUCAACAACAUUCGAUUGAACAGAGUCGAAUUCAAUUAUUUUAGUUUUGUUUUUUCCCCUUUCUUCAGUCGUGCUUCCAACUACAUCACCUCACCUCUACUCUCUCUCUCCUCCUUUUCAUCCAUGAAGAACCAACGACUACUUCUCCAUUUCUCACCAUCAUUUUCCAUUGAAACCGCUUCUCCAUUUCUCUCUCUUCCUUCUUCUAACCUCAAAGGGGGAGACAUUUGAGGUAAAACGGUGAGAAAUUCCAUCAAUGGCGACCCAGAAAUCGGGUAAAGAGAGGCAAACAUGGCAGACUUCAUCGCCUUCUUCGUCGUCUUCAUCAUCGUCUAAUGUAUCGGGUAAUUCCCUUAAUAAGAGUGUUAAUGGUCCUAUAAUGCAUCAACCCAAUCGAUCUAAGACGCCUGCUACGGCGAAACGGUCCGUAACCCCGAAUUCUAGGGCUCAUGAUUCGAAACGCUCUGUUACUCCGGUUCCGAGAAGUCAUAACAAUGCCGGAGAUGUUGAUUUUGUCAAAGCGCCGAACACCAAGCGCCCUGUUACUCCUCUUAAUAGAAGCAAUUCUAUUGUUGCUCAUGACCCAGAACCCGGAAGAGUCAGAGUGGCUGUUAGGCUUCGGCCAAGAAAUGAUGAAGAUCUUGCUUCAGAUGCAGAUUUUGCUGAUUGUGUUGAAUUAUUACCUGAGCUAAAUAAACUGAGUUUGAAGAAAAACAACUGGAGUUCCGAAUCUUAUAAAUUUGAUGAAGUAUUUACUGAAUCUGCUUCCCAAAAGCGCAUUUAUGAAGUUGUAGCAAAACCUGUUGUUGAGAGUGUGUUGAGUGGCUAUAAUGGGACAAUUAUGGCUUACGGUCAGACAGGUACUGGGAAGACUUACACUGUAGGCAACCUAGGCAAAAAUGAUGCAUCAGAGCGCGGCAUCAUUGUUAGAGCUGUAGAAGACAUAAUUGCAAAUACAUCUCUUUCUAAUGAGGGCGUGGAGUUCUCCUACGUACAGCUGUACAUGGAAACAAUUCAAGAUCUACUUGCACCUGAGAAGGUUAAUAUUCCGGUUGUUGAGGAUGCUAAAACGGGGGAGGUGCUGUUGCCCGGUGCUUCAGUGAUUAAAAUUCAUGAUCUUGAUCACUUUAUGGAACUGCUUCAAUGUGGUGAGGCAAAUCGCCAUGCUGCAAAUACCAAGCUCAACACAAGCUCUUCACGCAGUCAUGCUAUAUUAAUGGUUUCUGUGAAAAGGUCCAUUGUUGGGAAAGGUAAAAAUGUUACUUGUGAAAAAGUGGCUGCUACUGAAGCACAGAGUGAUGUGGGCAUAGAUAAGAUACGAAAAGGCAAGCUGCUAAUUGUGGAUCUUGCUGGAUCUGAAAGGAUUGACAAAUCUGGCAGUGAAGGACUAUUGCUUGAGGAGGCUAAAUUUAUCAAUCUCUCUCUCACUGCAUUGGGAAAAUGCAUAAAUGCAUUGGCUGAAAGCAGUCCUCAUAUCCCAACUCGAGAUUCCAAGUUAACAAGAAUUUUGCGUGAUUCAUUUGGGGGCUCUGCUAGGACCUCUUUAAUAACUACAAUUGGGCCUUCAGCACGUCAUCAUGCAGAAACAACUAGCACAAUAAUGUUUGGGCAAAGAGCUAUGAAGGUAGUAAAUGUGAUGAAGGUGAAAGAAGAAUUUGAUUAUGAGAGGCUUUCCAGAAAGCUUGAAAGCCAAGUUGACCAUCUUACUGAAGAAAUUGAUAGGCAACAAAAGAUGAGGGAUAAAUAUAAAAAUGAAAUGGAGAAGAAGAUCAAAGAGUUUCAACGUUCAUCCGCUGAGGAAGAAAAGAGGCUAAUUGCAAGGUCUGAGAUCCUAGAGAAGGAAAAUGCUCGUUUGGAGCAGGAUAUGAAAGCUAUGUUGGAUGAAUUAAAUCACCAGAAAGAUUAUAAUAAAUUAUUGCAUGAUGAAGUGGCACGUCUAGAAAUGAGUAUAGAACAAUACAAGCAAAAUCAUCAAGAAAACUCGACAUAUCAGAAAGCUCUUGCAGACACUACUCAGAUGUAUGAAAACCAAAUAGCAGCAUUGAUUGAGCAGUUGAAGGAUGAGCGAGCUCGCUAUGAAAGAGCUGGAAAUCAAUCAGAUGUCUUGAAGGCACUUCUGAGUGAUCACGAGGGCUCCAUGAAGCUAUUUCAAACAGAAAAUUCCAAACUGAAGAAGGAGCUGCUUGAUGCCAAGGAAACACAUGAGAAGGCAAUAGCAGAUUUAAGUAAAAAAUUAGAUGACAUGUAUUUUCGUUGUGAACAUGCUGAGAAGCAAUUGGACUCUCUUAGAAAUGUCUCAAGUGAUCAGACUACUGAACAGAAAUUGCUCUUAGAAACCAUCCAGUUGUAUGAGGAGAAAAUAUCCAAUUUAGAGAAGCGUUUUGAAGAUGAGCGUGCUUGUCGUGCACAUGCAGAGGAACAGAUGGAAUCAUUGAAGAAACAUCUCAGUGAAGAGAAAUCAAGUCAGGAUCAGGUGAAGAGCAAGAUAAAUGAUUUGACAGAAAGAUUGCAAGAAAAAGACCAGAAUUAUCGAGAUGCUGUUGAUAAAAUGCAGUGUCUGCAACUAGAAAAUGCGAAUUUGCUAUUAGACAAGGAAAAGUUCAAGGAUGAACUUGAUACUUUAAAGGAGAAAUUCUUGACGGAGGAGAAACAAAGGAUGACACUUGAAGCCGAAUUGGUCAGGUUAAAGAAAUGUUUAUCAGCAAAUAGCGAAGGCAUUGAGGACAAGAAAUCAUAUGCCAAACAGCACAUGAAAGAAUCAUCAUCAUUCCGGUCAGCUAUGGGUUUAAAUAGGUCUAUAUCUGGCCAGAGGGCAACAAUUGCUAAGAUCUGUGAAGAAGUUGGGCUUGAAAGGAUACUAAAAUUGUUAUCAUCUGAAGAUAUUGAAGUUCAAAUGCAUGCACUAAAGGUUGUAGCAAACCUUGCUGCUGAAGAUAUUAAUCAGGAGAAGAUUGUGAAUGAGGGAGGCCUGGAUGCCCUGCUUAUGUUAUUGCAGACUUCUCAAAAUACCACUAUUCUUAGAGUGGCUUCUGGUGCUGUUGCUAAUUUGGCCAUGAACGAGACUAAUCAAGGCUUGAUAAUGAGCAAGGGAGGUGCUCGUCUUUUGGCAGAUACAACAACAAAAACAGAUGAUCCCCAAACUCUUCGAAUGGUGGCUGGAGCAAUUGCAAAUUUAUGUGGCAAUGUUGCAUUACACUCGACACUCAAAGAUAAUGGAGGGAUUAAGGCACUUUUGAGCAUGGCUGGUUCUACAAAUAUUGAUGUUGUUGCACAGGUAGCCAGGGGAUUGGCCAACUUUGCCAAAUGUGAAACACGAGAAGUUAUACAGGGUCAUAGAACAAGCCGCUCACUUCUUAUGGAAGAUGGUGCACUUACAUGGUUGAUUGUCAACUCAAAGACUGCCUCUGAAUCAACUAGACGCCACAUGGAACUUGCCCUUUGCCAUUUAGCACAAAAUGAGGGUAACACACAAGACUUCAUAUCAACUGGGGGAUUGAAGGAGGUAAUUCGAAUAUCGUCUGAAUCUGCGAGAGAAGAUAUCCGCAAUCUGGCUAAGAAGACAUUGAAAUUGAAUCGAAUGUUUCAAGCACAAAUGUCAGCUGACUAAUAAAAGUUCAGUUGUACUGGAGUGUGGUGCUACAUCCUUAGGCUUUUACUUCAUAUUUGUAAAAUAGUGUAAAUUUUUCCUGAUAAAGGUUUGCUAGUGAUGAAAUGCAAAUUGUUCGAUCAGUAUGGUAAACUCUAAACAGAAAUAGCUUUUGUGUUGUACUUUGAGGUAUUAGCAGGAAAUCCAUUUAAUUUUUGAAAAAUGUACUUUAAUAAUCUAAACUAUUGAAAUUUACUUCUAAUAAUCAUAAUCUCAACUAAGGUUUAUUAUCUAAUAAUCCUAAUUAUGGGGUUAGUUUGCCUCCAAUGGUUCCAAUGACCUGUAAUCUAUUAAAAGAGUAUUUUUUUUAAGCCAUUAGUGUAAUAUUAAUAAAAAAAUAAAAGAAAAAAAAAACAAAUUCGGUUUUUCAGUCACCCCUCACCUUCCUCGUGAAACCAUAAGCCAACCAAGCCCACCUCCCUAACCCCUAAUUAACGACCGAUCGACCCUUCCCACCCUCGAAACUCGCUGUUUGACUUUCUCAAUUCUCGAAUUUCCAGCGGCGCGUCACUCAGAGUUUCACUUCCUUUUGAAGCCUCACUCUGGCUGCACGUCAGAUCUCGCUCCCCAGUAAGGAACUUCGGUCCAACAAUAGAAAUCAACACGAUCUCGAUUUGCACUUUUCUUUCGUGUUGAGGCUAGUGUUGAAGAGAAUUGCGAGCUGGUUUAGUUGGUGGUUUCGGGGGUGGCUGUGCUACUGUGUAGUGGUGCAAUGGUUGGUUUCGGGGGCUGGUACAGGUGCGGUGUGGCUGUUUGGGUGGAUUCGAGGGUCAUGGGUAGGUUAAAUAGGGUGGCCGUCUGGUUUUGGUGGUUAAUGGUGGACGGUGGACGGUGGACGGUGGCCGAUUUCCAACAUAUUAAUUGGUGGGGUUAGGGUUUUGUGGUGGAGGUUGGUGGCUGAGAAUUUUUGUGUUUUAUUUAUUUAUUUUAAUCUUUUUAUUUUUUUUAAAUUUUGGACCACUCACAUGUUGACACGUGUCAUGGUAACUUGUUGUAACCGGUCAUUGCCUUGGUGUUGACCGGUUAGGACUAUUAGAGGUAAACACAUAACAUAGUUGGGAUUAUUAAA